CACCGCUUUGUAAAGCAUGAGGUCAUUUGGAUGCAUGUGAGCCUGUUGCUCCUUUGACAUAUCAUAUGCCAGUUGGACAUACGUGUUGGAGGAGGGGCAUCAAUGAAUUAUGCCUUCAGCUGUGCAGGUUUACACUGCUGCCUUCAUCCUCUGCGAUCACUUGCUGGCAGGGGACUUGGGUGACAUGUGCAAGGGCGAUGGGCCAUGGGACUCCUGAUAAUAUGAACUGGACUGGACUCCUCCAGAAUUUGCUUCUCAUGGUCCAUCUCAAGCAAAUUGUAUGUGGCUCCAUCCAGCUUUCCAUCCCAGAGGAACUGGAGCCUGGCAUCCUGGUAGGAUCACUGGGUGAACACUUCCCCCCUUUGUACCAGCUCCUCACUCAGGAGUACCUGCGCAUGGACAGCAACAUGGGGAAUAUCUACACAACAGGGCACAAGCUGGAUCGUGAGGCCCUGUGCCCAAAAGAGACAAUACCAGGGGACUGCUCGGUGGUCCACAAUGCUCUUGUUGGUCCUACAGAAGACCUUAUCCAGUUUCUUGUGAUCAUAGAGGACAUAAAUGACAAUGCACCACUUUUUGAAAUGAGUGAAAUACACUUAAGGGUGUCUGAGGACGUGACAGUGGGGACCAGUUUUUUUGUGGAUGACCAGGCUAGAGAUGAGGACGUCGGAAUCAAUGGAGAGCUACAAUACCACCUUGAAGGUUCAGAUGGAGUUUUCACAUUAAAGGUUGAAAACAGACUUGUAAUAGAAUUGGUUGUUGAAAAAGCUCUGGAUAGAGAAAUUCAGGAGCUAUAUCACAUGCAGCUGGUGGCUACUGACUGUGGCACACCCCCUUUGAGUUCAUCAGCUGCUUUAAUGGUCACCGUGACGGAUGUUGACGACAACUGUCCAAGCUUCAGUUCUGACAGCACUCUUACCGUCACCAUCCCAGGAGACUCCUUGGAGAAUACACUGGUUACUCAAGUUACAGCCACAGAUCCAGAUUUAGCCUCCAAUGCUGCCAUUGUUUACUCCUUCAGUCCCAAAGUGUCUGAGAGGGUCAAGGAGAUCUUUAGCUUGGACAGUCACACUGGACACAUUAGACUAACUCAAAACCUUCACAGUGACAAGCCUGAGGAGGUGGGGUUAAUAGUGUUGGCUAGCGGUCCUCACUGCCCCCCAUCAGGCACUCAGGUAACUGUAUUCAUACUCCCCAAGGCAAACCAAGAGCUCUCGAUCAAGAUCGGGUUAAUAGCAGAACAUCACAACCAGACUAUGGUGUUACCAGAGAACCAGCCCCCCACUGUCUUAGCUGUUUUAGAGCUCCAGGGUGACAGCGGCUUUAAAGGCUCAUCUCUUGCCAUUGAGGGUGAUGUGCCUUUCUCUUUGAGCCCGCAGAAUGGCAAAUAUCUGCUUUCCACAUCAAAGCCUCUAGACUACGAGAUGAAAGACGAAUAUAGCAUUUCUGUGGUAGCGCAUGUGAGAUCAGCUGACGGGCCUCUGAUCCUUCCAUCAAGACAGACGAUCAGGCUGUUGGUGGUGGAUGUCAAUGAUAAUGCUCCACAUUUCUCCCAGUCUCAGUAUCAGCUGGAGGUGGAGGAAAACAACAUACCAGGGAUGUCGCUGCUGCAGGUGUCAGCCACGGAUGCAGACGGCGGACGCAACGGCAAGGUGACCUACAGGCUGGACGAUAGCACAUCUGUCAUCUUUAACAUCCACUCUACUGCAGGUCAGCUGUCUGUGCGGGCUCCUCUGGACAGAGAACAACAGAGUGUACACAAACUUACUGUGUUCGCUCAGGACGGGGGCUCCCCUCCCCUCGAAUCCCAAGCCACUAUAUGCAUUCAUGUACUGGACCAGAAUGACAAUGCGCCUGGUUUUCUAAGCACUCACUUCAUCUUUUUUAUCCGUGAGAAUUCCUCUCCUUUCACGCAGGUGGGGGAAGUAGAGGUAAAAGACCCAGACGAAGGGGAGAAUGGAAGUGUGAGUUUGCAUGUCGUGAAUAGCAGUGGACUUUUUAGCAUAGACAAGUCCCAGAAAAUACACACCACUACUAAGUUAGACCGUGAAGUAGAAGAUCAUCAUGAAUUCUAUCUGGUAGCCCGUGACAAUGGCCACCCAGUCGCUUUGGCCUCCACAGCCAGAGUGACUGUAUUCGUGGAGGACAUCAAUGACAACCCACCCAAGGUGAUUCUCCCAAACAGCAACUCCUCGUGCCUGACAGUUUCUCCAAGCACUCUGGCAGGUACUGUUCUGACUAAGAUUUACGCGAUUGAUGAAGACUCUGGGCUGAAUUCGGAAAUCACAUUUGCUGUUGUGGCACCAGAGUCGGCCCAGAACCGCAGCCCCUUCCAGAUACACCCAAGAUUAGGGACCAUUACGUUAAGCCAGCAGCUUGUACCCAAAGACGUGGGAAUGCAUCAUUUGUUCAUCGUCGUACGAGACAGCGGGAAGCCCACUCCACUUUAUACCACAGUAUGGGUCAACCUUUUGGUCAAUGAGAGCAUUUCGGACUGCUAUUUAGACAAGGUACCGACAUGGAAGGGGGCAUCAGAUUUGCUUCUAAGCCCCUCAAAAGCCCCCAUCUGUGAUGUGGAAACCACAAGAUCGGCUCGAGUCAUCUUGUUUAUUGGACUUACUAUGAUACUGACAUCUGUAAGUUUGCUUUUGGUGACAGCUUGUUUAUAUCUGAAACACAGGAGUCUACAGAAGAACAAGAGGGGAUGCGCGUCGGAAAAUGAGAUUCCGCUCAGGCUCAGAGACAAAUAUUAUUCAGAUGAAUAAGAGAACAAAGCAAGCAAAGAGUAAUCUCACUUGCCUUUUUAAGGAUUAAAACAGUCAGAGAAUUAAACAUGUCUUCAGUAUUUGUCUGAGGCGUCUUGCAUUUUAAUUAGACUUCGAAGACAACAUAAUCUGACGAGUGGCAGUAGCAAAAAUUGAGAAAUUGCAAAAAAAUUUAUUUUUUUUAUAAACACUUUCGGAUAACUUCCAGAAAUAACAAAAAUAUAUAAUUAGCUUAAAAGCACAUCUAAGGGGAAGAAAGGGUUUUUUUAGGCUUCUAUUGUUAAAUUACAAGAAUUAUAAAUGAGAAAGUAUUUUUUAUACACAUUUUUUAAGGUACUGCUACCAAUGUUCACAUUGAAAGGAAAUGCAAAUUUUUGCCAAUACAAAGCAGUUAUAGAUGUGUUUACAGAAUGACAGUUCUGAAUGAAUAGCCUUUAUUGUACUUGCAAUAGUGCAGGUACAACGAGAUCACUCUUUUUUUUUCGAGAUGGGGAGAAAAGGCCUCAGAAAUGAUUUGCUUUUGAACAUCAGUCUAAGAGGCACUGAAGUCAUUUUCUUGUGGCAGAGAUCUUUCACGGUGAAAAACAUUGAACAGAAUUUUCCUGCUAGAGUAUGCAGCUCACUCAGAGAAAAAAAAAAAAAAAUCCAGAAUGAUAAAUAUUAAUACAAAAAACUUACAAAAGAACAGGCCAAUUAUUUUUGGUUAUGUGUGAAGUUUUAUCCUUAAGAGUUUUAAAGCAUAUGAGAAACUUUAGAUGGACCAUGUGGAGAUAUUAAAAUAUGAUACAAAAUGCUUUGUAAGGUAGACAAAAAAAAAA